GAGCAGAGAAAGAUGUCGCUGAGGUUACUUCAUCUUCUACCCCAAAACACUUCCUUCAAUCGGAAUCUCGAGUUUAGCCGUGUGUUGACCCGACCCGUAACCAGGAUUCAGUGCAUCAGGAGAGAGGAUGAAGACGAUGGCAUCAUCAGCAACAGGAGGACGAGGAAGGCCAAGAAUAAGAAGAAGAAAACAAUGAGCGAUUCGGAGCUGGCGAAGGAUUUGGCGAGAGAGAUCGGGAAGGCGAACACGGUGUCGGAACAGAGACGAGAAGCGAUGAAGAAGAGCGGUGAGAUUCUGUGGGGAGAGUUCUGUAAGCAUGUGGGUUUGAAAGAAGAGGAGAUGAGGGUUAAAUGGAGGAAGAUUGGAGAAGAAGAGAAAGUGGUUCUGGUUAGAGAGUUUGUGGAUGAGUGGGGUGUUGAUUUUCAGCCUUUGUCUGUUAGAUCUGUUAAGGAAAUGGUGGAGGAAGAGUGUUUGGUUUCUGACAAAACAACCGAGCCUUCUUCUUCUUCUUCUUCUGCGAUGUCUUCGUUUUCUGGGUUGUUUCCUGGUCUAAAGAGAAUCAUAGGCUUUGAGCUUUGGAGUCAGUGGGAGAGGUUUUGGGUAAGAUGGAGAAGAACGUCUUCAAAUGAGAUAACGUUUGAACAAAGGAGAGAAGUGACAUAGUUCUAAUGGUGAAAUGGGCUCGAGCUAUGAGUCAAUUCGUGAAGAUAGUUAUCAAUGGAUCUAUUCUGUCGUCUAUUGAAAACUAGUAUAACUUCUCAUGUUUUAGUUCCAAAGGCACAUUGAGCCAGAUAAGAGCUCAGUUUUCAACUAAACCUU